CCCCCCCCCCGAGUCCUUCCCCCCUCAUCUGCAAAACAACCACCAGCAGCAGCAGCAGCAAAAGCAAGAUUCCUGCGCCGCCGACUACAAGAGGGUUAAAAGUGUAGAUUGGAUUUCACCCCGGGAAAUCUAGCACACGGAGUGAACUUGAAUCUUUGGCUAUUUAAGGAGGACUGGGGUUUGUUGUGAAGUUGUGGUGAUCCAGGGCAGAGCCCCGUCCUGAUUGAUUUCAUCUUCCUUGAGUCUCAGAUGACUAUAAAAUGAAUAGAUGAAAUUAUUCCUUUUUGAGGCUUUUCUUUGGGGCUCUUCGGGCAGCGUGUUCUCAAAGCGAAGUCAUGAUGUAUUCUCCAAUCUGUCUCACUCAGGAUGAAUUUCACCCGUUCAUUGAGGCACUUCUUCCACAUGUCCGUGCAAUUGCCUAUACUUGGUUCAACCUUCAGGCUCGAAAACGCAAGUACUUUAAAAAACAUGAGAAACGAAUGUCAAAGGAUGAGGAAAGAGCAGUCAAGGAUGAGCUACUUAGCGAAAAGCCUGAAAUUAAACAGAAGUGGGCAUCCAGGCUCCUGGCCAAGCUGCGCAAAGAUAUUCGCCAAGAGUUCCGGGAGGAUUUUGUGCUCACGGUGACUGGGAAGAAGCACCCAUGCUGUGUAUUGUCCAAUCCUGAUCAGAAGGGUAAGAUUAGGAGAAUCGACUGCCUGCGACAGGCUGACAAAGUCUGGCGUCUGGAUCUAGUCAUGGUGAUCCUGUUCAAAGGCAUCCCCUUGGAAAGUACGGAUGGAGAGCGGCUCAUGAAAUCCCCACAUUGCACAAAUCCAGCACUUUGCGUCCAGCCACAUCACAUAACAGUAUCAGUCAAGGAGCUUGAUUUGUUUUUGGCAUACUACGUGCAGGAGCAAGAUUCUGGACAACCAGGAAGUCCAAGCCACAAUGAUCCUGCCAAGAGUCCACCAGUGUACCUUGAGGACAGUUUUGUAAAAUCUGGAGUGUUCAACGUGUCAGAACUUGUGAGGGUGUCCAGAACACCCAUAACGCAGGGAACUGGAGUGAACUUCCCAAUUGGAGAGCUUCCGAGCCAGCCGUAUUACCAUGAUAUGAAUUCGGGUGUAAAUCUACAGAGGUCCUUGUCUUCUCCACCAAGCAGCAAAAGACCCAAAACUAUCUCCAUAGAUGAAAAUAUGGAGCCAAGCCCGACAGGAGACUUUUAUCCUUCUCCAAAUUCACCAGCUGCGGGGAGUCGGACGUGGCAUGAAAGAGAUCAAGAUAUGGCUUCUCCUACAAUGAAGAAACCUGAAAAGCCUCUGUUUAGUCCUACUUCUCCCCAGGAUUCUUCACCGAGACUGAGCACUUUUCCCCAGCAUCACCACCCAGGAAUCCCAGGAGUUGCACACAGUGUCAUCUCAACUAGAACUCCACCUCCACCUUCACCAUUGCCAUUUCCAGCACAAGCUAUUCUUCCUCCUGCCCCAUCUAGCUACUUCUCUCAUCCAACGAUCAGAUAUCCUCCCCACCUGAAUCCUCAGGAUACUCUGAAGAAUUAUGUACCUUCUUAUGACCCGUCCAGCCCGCAGACUAGCCAGCCUAACAGCAGUGGUCAAGUAGUAGGGAAAGUGCCUGGCCAUUUUACUCCAGUUUUGGCACCCUCUCCCCAUCACAGUGCGGUGCGACCUGUGACCCUGACCAUGACAGAUACUAAACCCAUCACUACAUCCACUGAAGGUGAGGCAUCUUCACCUACAGCAACCACCUACACAGCUUCAGGCACAUCCCAAGCCAAUCGAUAUGUGGGACUAAGCCCAAGAGACCCAUCCUUCCUACACCAGCAACAGCUGAGAAUAUGUGACUGGACCAUGAAUCAAAACGGCAGGCAUUUAUACCCCAGUGCCAGUGAGGAUACAUUGGGAAUUACUUGGCAAAGUCCUGGUACCUGGGCUAGCUUGGUUCCUUUUCAAGUAUCAAAUAGGACACCGAUCCUGCCGACAAAUGUCCCAAAUUAUGGUUUGAACAUAAUUGGAGAGCCUUUCCUUCAAGCAGAAACAAGCAACUGAAGGAAAUAAAUAAAAAAUAAUAAUAAUAAAAAUAAAAAACCAAACAAAAUUUAAAAAGGAAAAAAGGAAAGGAAGACUGGACGAGAAAAGAAACUGAAGAAAGAAGAAAAAACAGACCAGCAAUUGCAGCUGUUACAAUCACUAAUUCCCUUAUGGUUGAAACUGAAAUGACAUACAAAGGGUCGAUGAUAUUUCACUGAUGGGUAGAGUGCAGCCCCUGCUAAGUAGCCUUUGUUAUAUGAAGUCCGCUGGGAAAUAGAUGUUCUGUCUCUGACAAUGUAUUUUAACUGACUUUCUAGAUGCCUUAAUAUUUGCAUGAUAAGCUAGUUUUAUUGGUUUAGUAUUCUUGUUGUUUACGCAUGGGAUCACUAUUCCUGGUUAUCUCACAAAACAAAGGCUAGGCAGCAGCAACGGAGCUGCAGGAGGACAAGGGCCGUGAGCCAGCCAUUUUCUCAACACUGAUUUCUAAAUGUUUUAAAAAUAAGCUCUGUAGCCUUUAGUUAUGAGUAUGGAUUUAUUAAACUUUGGCCCUUAAUUCAGCCUUUUCUAGUGUGUUAUGCAGUUUGAAGUUUUCAAUCAGUAUGAACACACAGGCUCUAUGGAAGAAAUAAAUGCCUCUAUGUAGGUAAAAGUGUUAUCUCCUCAUGCAACAGUAAAAAAGAAAAGGAAAAAAAGUGAACGUUUUCCCCACUAAAGAAACACUUACAGAGGCAAGUGCAAUUUAGAAAUCAUAUCUAAGGGGUCAUCACUAUAAGUCCUUCAGCCCUUGGACUCUAAAUUGAGGGGAUUAAAAAUAGAAAUAAAAAUGACUUUGAACAAACUUAUUUUUCCCCUCAGUUUUUGAGGGCAUUAAAAGGCAUUAAAUCAAGACAAAUCAUGUCCUUGAGAAAAAGAAAUAAAUGGAAACACAGCACUUAUGUUGGUUUAGCUGCUGCCUCCACAGAGGGGUAGGAUUUAUUUAUUUAAAGUUACUGGUUGCAUCAAGAACCCAUAGGGUUUACAUGUUUCUGUAAAAUCUGCAUUAUAGAGACAUAGGCAAAUCCAUGUCACAAGGGCAAAGCUUACCGUUUACAAACUGGUAAUACCAGGAUGGGGAUAUGUUAUAUUUAAAUAAUGCACUCUUAAUGUAAGUCUAAUUACAGGGUGCUGAAAACUUGCAUGGUGCUUUCAGAAGUUAGCCUUGUUCAACAAUUUUCACAUAUUGACAGAAAUAUUAUGUGCAUGGGCAGACAUUUUGCCUCUAUGUCUCUUUAAAAAAUAAUUAAAAUACUCUUUCCAGUAAUCCUAAUUUGCACGAAGAUAUAAUGUCCACAUUACGUGCCUUGCCUUGAAAUCUAAAAAAUGGAAAAAAACAAAAAAAGAAAAAAAAAAAAACACAAAAAAAUUGACAUCACUACACUUGUUUUGCUGCAUUUAUUAUCAUUUUAAAUCUUUACCAUUUUUAUGACAAAUAUUUUGUACGCCAGAUAGGAAAAAAGUGUGACAUCAUGGAUUUUUUAGACAGUUAUACCUUUAUCUCACAUUUAUAAAGCAUAUCAUGGCUGUGUAUAGUUGCCGCUUAAAAAUUGUAAUCGACCAGCAAUAUUUUCAGUAUUUUGGUGUUUUUUCUAUUAACCUUUCAUGUUUUUCAUCUUCCAAUUAAUAUUGGGGGGAGGGGAUACAAAUUUAUACGAAUUAUGCAAUACCAAGUUUUGCCUAUGUAGGUAGUGCUUUUAGCUGUAUUGGUUAUUAUAGGUAAGUACACAGAUUUAAAAGAAAAAAAAAAAAAAAAGAAUAAUGUAUGCUUUUUUUGUUUGUUUUAAUUGACCAAAGUGGGUACUGCUAUUUUUGCAGUGUGAUGAGGUCCUUUUCUGUACUGAGAGGUGGACAGGGGAUUUUUUUUUUAUACAUACAUAUAUAUAUAUUCUGGGGUGGGUAGGGAGGAUUUUUAACACUUUACAGUGUAGCUGUGAAGCAGUGCACCCUUAGCCAGGCAGGGGCUGCAAAGCGACUGUUCUGCCUACUGUGACAAACUUUCAAAUCGGUUCCCUCUUUUUAACUUCCCACCUGGGGUGCAAGCUGAAAUCAUUUCUGGAUUUAAAAAAUAAAUAAUGAAUUCUGUUGGAGGCAGACUUGACUUGAGGAAGUUGUUUUACUUUAAGUUGUUUGGUUUUUUUUUUUUUUUUUUUUCUUGAGAAAGAGCAAGAGAAAGACAGACAGACAAAGAGGUCAAGACCCACAGUGAGAUGAAGCCUUUUCCAUUCUGGCAAAGAUACUGCAUCCCAAAGUGUUCAUGUUAGAAAAUGCUUUUAGCUCAAAGUGACAAAGACACUUGCUUUGUCUAGGAAAUGCACGUACAGGGCCAAAAUCUUUGCUGGCAUAAUUCCACUCAUUCUAGUUGACUCAGGAGUUGUUCCUGCAGAGAAUUUGCCUCCCUUAGUCUGCUGGGCUGGUAAAUACUGCUUUUUUUUUUUUUUUUUUUUUAACCUUUACUUCAAAUCAGGGUUUUUGUGUUUUUUUGUUUGUUUGUUUGUUUGUUUGUUUGUUUGUUUGUUUGUUUGUUUUUUUCCUCCCAGUUUUAUUAACUCACAGCACCUGAAUUAGAAUUUUCAGCCUGUUCGGGCUAUGUCAGUGGUUUGCAGUGUCUUCUCAUACAGCAGGUCAGAUGGAGAGCUCUGGGCUGUAGUGGGGAAGGAGUUUCUUAAUGUAUGGAAUUAGACUAUGGUGUAAAUAAAAGUGUAUUUCUGGUAAAAUCACAUUUUGCAGAUCAGUAGUGGGCCUGUUGCUGGAGACCUCUUAUGCACCAGGGAUUUUUGUAAUGUAUGGCUGCAUAUGGGGUGAAUUUUUCUUAAAUUGACAUCCUUUUAUUGAGGUGCAAGCAGAGGAGAGUACAGACUUAUGGGUAUGGGAUACCCUGGUGUGAAAAUUCACCCCUUUGCAGUUGUCUCUGCGUUUUGGAGUUAUUCCCACCCUGGAGUAUCCCUGGAGGUGCAGCUCCAGCAACAGCCACCCCGCCGAGCACGGGGCAGUGGCACACCAAGGUCGGUCCCUUUGGGUUGUGGCCAGCACGCGGUGGUGGCACAUCCCCGUGGCUCCAGCAGCAUGUGCAUGUGUAGGCAGGGCCCGAAAGGCUUCAGGGGCAGGAGCCGCAGAGAAGCACAUCCUCAAGGUUUAUCUAUAGCUAAACUGAAAGAAAGGAAAUCCCACCUAAAAAGGUAAACCACCAAAA